AUGUAUAAGGUUAUAUUAUUAUGUUCACUUGUAAUAUUUGCAAGUAGUAUGAGUGAGAGUGAAACACUGUUGUAAACACUUCAAACCAGUGAAUUUGGAAAGACAAUUAUCCAAACCAUAUAAGUUCAAUUGGAAGGUAAUAGCAGUGUGGACAAAAUAAUUGAACUGCUCACUUAAAUGAAGGAGAGGAUUAAUGGAGAAUAAGAUGUCGAAAGAUAGAAAUCAAGAGAUCACACAUAAUUCUGUGAUGACAAAUACGAUGAGAUAUUAUUCGUUAUAGAUUCAUCUGAAUAUUAAUUAGCCAAAGAUUAAUAAACAUUGCCACUAUUCAUUUAAGAAUAGAAAAAUAAAUAGAGAUAGUUGUUGGAUAAAUAAGAAAUUGAAGAUAGAAACAACUAACGCAUUGCUGAAUUAACAGAGUAAAGAGAUUUAACUAGAGUAUUAAAUACAUGAUAAAUUAACUUAGUCACAAUAUGAAGCAAGAAGAGAUGAAUUGACUACAAUGAUAGGAGCUUUGUAAGAAGGCAAAAGAAUAAUUAGUAAAUUGAGCACGAAAAAGUGGGAUCCUUUGGCUGGAACUUACUCCUUCCUUGAAUUUUCAUAAUUUAUGUUCAAUGAAUUGGAAGCACAUUAAAAGUCUUUAAAAAAAUAAUCAAAUGGAAUCGGAUUAUUAUACGAAUUGCUUUUGGAGACUUCGCAGUAAAAUGUUAAUUGUGAUUCAUUAGAGAUCCAGGAAUAUAGGCAAAUUAACAGGGAGUUGCAAAGAUUUAAGAGAUAAUUGAUGAAUUGAUUGAGAGCAUAUUUGAUCUUUUGAAGAAAGAACUAUUGGAAGAUAAUGCAAGAGAAUAAGACUAUUAGAAUUAAAAGGAAAGAAUAGUUAUUUAGAACAGAAGAUUGUAAGCAACUAUUGCAACAUUCAAAGCAAGAGUCUUAAUAAUUAAUCAAACCAUACUUGAAUUGAAUAACGAUAUUAGAUUCAAUACUGAUGUAAUGCAAUUGAUUAAAUGUAGAAAUCUACUCUUCUGAGAAAAUAAAAGGAUGAUUGGGAGAGAACUUGCGUUGAUUAUCACAAUGGCUAUGUGGAAGCUACUAAGAUUAGGUAUUUUGUACCUUGUAAACCCUAGAACUUAAUAAAGUGACAUCCUAACAGAAGUUAUCCAAGUAUUUAAUAGAAACUACAACGAUUUCCCAAGUUUAAUUUAGAAUAUAACAGUUUGA